AUGGGUGUCCCAUUCGAGGCUCUGCUGCCCUACGCCAUUAUGACGGGCUUCUUCGCAUUCAGCGCCGUGUCUGUCGGAAAGCUCAAGGAGAUGCAGAACGGAGGAAAGAAGACAAGGAGGGGUAUCGAUGCAUGGGACAGGGUGAUACGACCAUUUCACGAUGACCUCAUGCGAUUUACUUACGAGACCCCAGUGAUGGAGCGCGACCGCCGACUGACCGGAUUCAUGCGCGGACAGACAGACAAGCCGGUUGCUCCGGAAGGCUUCGAGCUCAACAACCCAUGGAGGGUG